CUCUCUAAGUCAUUCAUCCUCCACGUGGGUUCAUUUGAAUGGAUGGUCUCCCUAGUCUUUAGCUCUUUCCUUUUCCUGUACUCCAGGCAGAUCACAUGCUCUGGUAGACCUGGAGGACUAAGGCUCUACUCAGCAGUUCCAGUCCCAAGACAACGUUCCUUCUGACGGAUUAUAUUCAGAGACAAGAGAGAAAUAAGAGAUAUAGGUUCUUCAAUUUUUUCUGAAAAAAAUAGAUAUAAUUGAUCUUUCAAUUUAUUUGAGAUAGAUAGAAAAUAUGUGUUGGUUCUUCAAUUCAUGUGAGGGAGAAGAAGAGAGAAAUCAAUUCCACGUUGAGCAAUGCUACAUCUCAAGUUCGAUUUCUUCCUUGUUGCUGAACUGCUGGAAAAGAUACAGGUCGUUUAAGUUAUAAAAAAGAGAGAGAAAGAAGAGAUAUGGGUUUAUUCUUCAAUUUAUUUGUGGGAGAGAUGGUGGAGAUAUUGGAGCCCAAUACCUGCAUACGGGGCUGCUGCACCAGCCAAUCCAUUCCCUUGCACCUCUGCUCCUCCUCCUACUCUCUCAAUUCUCCCAUUGCUCGAGGUACAGAGAGUGUUGUGUACGAGGCUUCCCUUGAGGGCCAGAAAGUCGCUGUUAAGAAACCUAUACUUUCUACAUCAGAUGAUCUGGACCGUUUCCAUCAGGAGUUGCAGCUUUUAUGCAAGCUGGACCAUCCUGGUAUAGCCACACUUGUCGCGGCACACGCGAGGCCACCCAAUUACAUGUUCUUCUUCCAAUUCUAUGAGUGCCAUAACUUAGCCAAAAUGCUUCAUGUGGAAGAGUGGAAUCCAACUAUUGACCAAGCAUUGUCAAUCGCAAUUGAACUAGCAAAAGCUUUGCAAUACAUACAUAACCUUGGGGUCGCGCAUAGGGAUGUGAAACCAUCAAAUGUUCUUCUUGACCGAAAGCUUCAGCCACACCUUGCAGACUUCGGAUUGGCAGUAUACAAAAAGGACCUUAAACAGGUUUCCAUGGAAAAUUGGAGGUCUUCUGGGAAGCCAACUGGCGGCUUUCAUAAAAAAAAUAUGGUAGGAACACUGAUAUAUAUGGCUCCUGAAAUCUUGCGAAAAGAAGUUCACACGGAGAAAUCAGAUGUCUACAGUUUUGCAAUUACAAUCAAUGAGAUUGUUACUGGUGUCAUCCCAUACACUGAUUUACGUGCAGAAGCCCAGGCACACACUGUGCUUGAGAUGAACUACACUGAACAGCGACUUACAGCAGCUGUAGUCACUGAAGGACUACGGCCUUCCCUGGCAAGUCCUGAAUCAGGUGCUCCAUCAACUAUGUUGUCACUGAUUCAGGUGUGCUGGGAUUCAGAUCCUCAAAAAAGGCCUUCAUUUGAUGAUAUAGUUAGAAAGCUUGAAUCAAUAAUUAAAAAUCAUAGACAAGAUGUAAAGUGUCAAAGAAAUCCUUCUGAUAAGGAUCAGCUUCCUAUUAAUAUGGAUAGCCAUCAGCAAUUUGAAGGAGAUAUAAACUGGUUGAUUCAAGGGGUGAAAGCUUCUAAGGAGAUACUGCCUAAAGUUGAACCAAGAGUGAUCAUAUGGCUUUAUUCUUCCCCGAAUUCUUUGCUUUAUCAUCCCACUCUGUCCUGGGGCUCUUUUUCGACAAGAGGUAGAAGGGAAACCAUGGAAGACACACAUUUUUUGCUUCCCCAGAUGGAAUAUGAAAAGAAUAUCUCCUUGUUUGGUAUCUUUGAUGGUCAUCGAGGUGCAGCAGCUGCUGAAUUUGCUGUGCAAGCAAUACCGGGGUUUUUUAAAUCGUUGACAGGUGCAACAACCAGUCCUGCAGAUGCAUUAGUGGGAGCAUUUGUGAAUACCGAUUUGGCUUUCAGGAAGGAACUAGAAUCAUGCCGUAAAUCUCAUAGAAAAAUUCAGAAAGAUUGGCAUCCCGGUUGUACUGGAAUCACUUCCUUGAUCAUUGGUGACACACUAUUUGUUGCCAAUGCUGGCGAUUGCAGAGCUAUCUUGUGCCGACAGGGUCUUUCAUAUUCUCUAAGUAAGGAUCAUGUUGCCAAUUGUCCUAAGGAAAGGGAAAGGGUUAUAGAAGCAGGUGGACAAGUGAAAUGGCAGAUUGAUGCAUGGAGGGUCGGUGUGGCUGCACUACAGGUUACACGAUCAAUUGGAGAUGAUGACUUGAAGCCUGCUGUGACUGCAGAGCCUGAGAUAACUCAGGUGCGACUGUCAGAGGAUGAUGAAUAUUUGGUUUGGAGUCUUGACAUCAGCAUCUUGUAUUUUUAAAGUUUUCGAUUAUUCAAUCAUGGGAAUUUCUAGUGCUUGCCUUUGUAGCACCCUAAAACUCUUGGACAGGAUGAAUAUACGUAAUUCAAGAAUCUUCGACAAUUUUUCCUUCCCCUAUUGAGGUUGCAAUUGUCGAGUUCAACUUGGUCGAUGAAAUCAACAGUAUUUUUGUUUUUACUUGGGAUCAUUGUCAUUGAAAUCCAAAAACACGGUUUCAGGCAAGGUAUCUACAAGUAUUAUACCUUUUGUUUUUGAACAUUACAAGUAUUACAACAUUCACAAGAACAUUUCUCGUCCAUAAUGCAUCUCUUAUCAGAUUUUCACUUUUUCAACCUUGACCAGUUCAAAUUUACUUCUUAUUCAUUCUUCGAGAAUCCAAGACUAUGAGCAAGCAAUUAAUUGAAUAAGGAAUUGGAAUCCCCUCCAGAAAGAUUGACCUGGAUGGUGAAUGGGAGGACUAGAAAAGAGCUUUGUAUAUUAUUGGGCCGGGAUUGUGAAUUGAAGAUUGGAAAAGACUUUUUAUGACCAUACUUGUAAAAGUUUUGAGAAAGCAUUUACCAAUUGUUUUGCUUACUUGGUCAAAACGGGGGGGAUUUAUUUGACACUGCACCUUAUUGCAUGAAUUAGAUUAAUAAAAGAAUGACCCUUAGAGAAAGCAUUCAUGUUAGAAGUUUUGAGAAAGCAUUACCAAUUGUUUUGGUUACUUAGUCGAAACCGAGGGGAUUUAUUUGACAUUGCACCUAUAUUGCAUGAAUUAGAGCAAUAAAA